AUGGACAUAAAAAGAGCUUCAUUCUUUAUCAUGCUGCUCUGUGUGGGAUGCUACAAAUGCAGCAGCAUUCUUCAUUCUAAUAAAGGAUCAUACGAUGUAACUGUUCCCCUUCGAGAUGAAAGAAGCGGAAAUGCAAUGAAAUCUGAAGAUGAGGAAAAGGGCUGCUGCAGUAGAGCACUUGCAAAGGCAAAGAAGUAUACAUGCAUGGCUUUUACCUCAGUAGCUAAGAGAAAAACAGCAGUGAAGCUUGUCUUUAUUUCGCUUGGAGCUGUAGCAAUUGCGCUGCUUUAUCUGCGCAUAAGACUGGAUGCUAAAGUUGAGGAAAAAAAAUUUCUGCUCAACCUCUGCCACGAGCAGAUAGAAAACAGCGCAAGAACUUGCUACUCAAAGCUAGAGGGCACGGGGCAGCUGGAGAAAAUGGGAAUUUUAAAGUACAACGGGCUGUUCGGCAGUAAUACCGUAAAAGAAGAGGUUGACUCUAUGCUUUGCUCCGUCUCUCUAUACCAGGAAAAUGGAGACAUCAAAGAAAGAGAUAAGGUGAUCCAGUACCUAUCAGAGGCCUCCGCCAUGAAAAUUGUAGAUUCUAUUAAAAGAUACAUAGAAGGCAACCACACUCUAACUCCAGAAACAAUGCCAAGCGAAGAAGAGCUAGAAAGAAUAAGCAGGCUUUUCAUUAUAUCUCUUAAAAGAAAAGUAAGAGUAUUGCUUAAUCUGAUAUUCAGUAUAUUUUUACUUGAAGACUACAAAGAAGAAGCGCAUGCAAGGAUAAAAAAAAUAUUGGAGAUGUGCUGGACUUUCUAG